AUUUGUCAACAAGAAAGGGUCACCACCGCACACUGGUGUCAACUAAAAAUGAUGCCUAUGUCUGAGGGUAUUGUGUCCCCGGCUGGACGCUAUAAAAGGCCCUGGAGAAGCAUACAGUCUGGUGGAGCAGGUCACAGGAGCGCUGGGGAUCCGUCUGUUUCUGAGCUCUCGGGAUUUCUCUCCUUUCAACAGUCAUGGGCAUCAUGCAACUGUGCCUGUUGGUCUGUUUUAUGGAGCUCAUUGUCUUGUGUCAAGCUCAAGACUCAACCCUUGUGAAGUGCACCAGGGACUCUGUGGACUACCGACCACCCCAAAACUCUGAUAUGAACGUGACCUGUGGGACCGAUAAGGUGUACUUGAGUAUUCUGCUGUGUCCUAUAUACUUUAUUGGGUACAACGAGACCCUCAUGGCCCUCAACAGCCAAUUCAACACGCCAGGGUGCCAGGGCAUCGCUGAACUGAACACCAGCUCUCCAGUCCUCAAGUUCAGCUUUGGUAUCAGCAAACAGGGUGUAAACCUCUGCGGUAACUCACUGAAGAUCACCAGUGAGUUGGGGACAGGGAUAUUUUCCCAAUACUCAAACGUGCAGCAAGUCAACAUCUCUGGGAAAAUCAACUCACAUGACCCCAGCGCCGGAACCAUCAACUAUAAGCAGGAGGUCAUGUACCAGUUCUCCUGUCAAUACCCGCUGCAGUUUUUUGUCAACAACACAGAACAGAGUGUGUCAGGGGUAAGUCUUGCUGUUAAGGACAACAAUGGCAGCUUCAUUAGCACACUGAGCAUGUCACUCUACAAGGAUCAAGGUUACACAGAACCCAUGUCGAUGCCACAAAAUGGCCUCCAGCUGAAAACCCGAAUCUUUGUGGAAAUCAAGGCCACUAAUCUCACAGACAGGUUCAAUGUUAUCCUGGACCGCUGCUAUGCCAGUACGAGCCCCGCCCCCACAAAUAGCACCUUCUACGACCUGUUUGUUGGGUGUAGCAAAGAUACACAGACGGUGGUGGACCUGAACGGAGUCACUCAGAGGGCCCGGUUCUCCUUCGAGGCUUUUCGCUUCACGGAGCACAAGAACGAGACCGUCUCCACCUUCUACCUGCACUGUCUCACCCGGCUGUGUGAGAACUCCACCUGCGCCUCUAUGAUGCCGACCUGCAACUGGAGGAGAAGAAGGGAGGUGGAGUCUGUCUUGGCCAAUAGGAAGAGGAGGGAGGCAGAGUCUGAAUCUGAAGUAGCUAUGGUGUCAUCCGGGCCCAUCUUCACAAGAGUGAAUCUCCAAUGAAUGCAAUGGUGGAAGCCUCAGGCUCCACCAACUCCACCGGUGAUCUGACAGGAGUGGCCAUCGCCGCGGGGAUCCUGUGUGCAUGGCUGCUAUCACUGCGUACCUGGUGAGGAGGAGGAUGACACGCUGAUCCUGCCAGGGACGCCAUAACACAGUUGACCACCUUGGUAAAGUUACUUAAACAUUCAAUGUUCAUUUACCAUUCAAAAUGCAAAUAACUGUGCAACACUCAAAUAUACCUUUCAAACAACAAAGGGUGUAUUGAAAAUCAUAAUACCUUAUGGCAUGCAAUGGACAUCAGUCUUUACAGUAUAUUGCACAGUUGGUUUAAUAUUGGUCAUAAGAUCAGUUCA